GUUCCAGUGGGUCAGAGCUGCAGCAACAGCCUUUCAUGAUAGCAACACGACUGCUGCUUACCAGGAGGACAAAUUGCGGCCUGGUGGUGCAUUUACAGCUGUGCAGAAAUGUUGUUGGAGUGCCAGAUUGGUUCCACUGGUGCGAGCCCUCACUUUGCCUCCUCACCUGUCUUGGGAAGUGACCAUGACACUGCUGCCAGAAGCUCUGGCUGUGGCUCAGUCCCACCAG